AUGAGGGUCAUCACGUGUAUCAAAUCGCGUUCGGUUUCACCUGGCAAAGAUCAGGUCCUCGAUCUUGAUAGUGUGAACAAAUUGCUGUUAAAGAACAAGCCACGCAGUUGGAGUAUCAACAGCCGCGAGUCGACACCAGAAGUAUUCUCACAGGACUUUCCUCGCGAUGCGUUACAACACUGGAAGAACCUCGCAAUCCAUAACCAGGCACGUCUCGACAGCCUCUCCCAGACCGAAGACCAUCGAAGAACCAUCAACUCGGUCCAGUACUGGGAAACAGAAGCCCGACAUCUCGAUCAAGUCUAUUGGAAGAUAAUUCAAACCAGGCACGCACAAAGAUCAGCCAAGGCGCGGGAGGAUGCGAAGAGAGUCACCUCAGGAGUGUCGAAGCCGAAUGGCGGCACAGAUGGACCUGUGUCUUCGAGAUUACGGAGAAAAAGCACAAGCCCGCAGGCUCCUCAAAAGUCCACAAAAAACACAGUGCAGGCGGUGCGGCGUGCAGACAAAUCGCCCCGAAAGACCCCAUAA